AAGCACUCUUUUGCUCUCUGAGAGGAGGCCAUAAAGCAGCUUCACAACAACACUCUUGCUUUGUAGAAAAAAAUUUCUAAACUGAAAUAAAGGCUGGUCUUCAGACUUGAGUAACAUAUAAUUUUUUUGUGAAAAAGAACUACAUUCUAUCGAAGCAAGCAGAAAUGCAUGCCACACCUAGUGUGAAAAAGUCAGGCCUUGUGACUGCAGCUGGGCUAACUUGCUUCAUCAAAGAAGAAAACGCAGCAAGGAAGGAGUCUUUCACUGUAGAAUGGCAGGACCAUACCCUUUCCACCAGACCUGAGCAAAGAUGUAAAUUAAAUGAAGUGAAUGAUACUCAUAAGGAGAGCUUCAGUAGACAGCACCAAACCCAGUUUGUGGUCCAGCGGUCCGCAAGUAAUGUCAUGAAGAUGGGUCGCCUUGGGGAGGGAAUGACCAAAUACUCUCUGCCUUACCAGAAUCGGUUACCACUUCCCAUUUUCAAGCCUGCUGAUCUGUCAUCCAAACUGGAAAGGGCAUUAACUCCACCAGAACUACAGCGCCUUAUUGAGUUUGAGAGAUUUCUCUGCAGUGAUGGUUCAUGCCAAGACAAAUGUGAGAUUGCACAGAUCAAAAGUCAGCUUCCACCAAUCAUGCAGCCAAGCAAACUCCUACGGUCCUUUUCACGGUCUCUUUCUCAAGAAGCUCAGAGGGGUUAACACAAAGCAUGGACUUUCUGAAUUAUCAUAUGGCUAUUUUCUUAUAAUAUCGAUAUUAACUUGUCCAUACGUGCCUACAUAAUUCAUCCCAUACUGGAUCAAAAUUAAUUUGCCUACUAAACUUCACAGCCCUGAUGAACAAAUCAAGCAACAUUUUGUAUACACCCCUCUCCUUUAUUAUACACUUUUGUUAAUUUAACCAUCUUGAUAUUGCCUAUGAGUUGAAAAAGAAUUUUAUUGCUGUGGAACAAUGUAGCAUCAUAAGCACUGAAAUGUAAUACGUUUGUACACAUAUUUGAAAUGAGAGUUUAUAGCAAAACUUUAAUGAUAGCAGUAGGUGGAAUACUUGCAAACAAACCAUAUAAUGCCACACCAUGUAAGUAUUUCAAUAUAAGUUAUGCUACACUUCUAUUUUUAUAAUUUGUAACUAGUAAUCUGAAAAUGUUUGUAAUAUAUUUUCAAUAAAAAGGUUAAAACACUAGAAGUGUAGUAACUGGAAUGUGCCUUCUUAAAUUUCAGACUUUUCACCAUUAUCCGUUAAUACUCACUGAAAAAGAUACAUAGCUUGCAUCAGAAACCAUAUGUUGAUAUGCUAAAGAAUCUUAACAAGUGUACCCUUAAGGAAUAGAGUGAGAUGGAAACAACUGUUUAAGUUCUGUGAGAAGUAUGGUGAUGCAAAGCAUAGUAAUUAAGAUCUGGGGUUUGGUCCUGAUGUUAAACUAUUGUUUGAGUGUAGCUUGGAUGUUCUCUCUUCGCAUGGCUUUCAUCCAGCUAAUCUUUUUUUCAACUCAAAAAGAUAUACUAUCUAUGUGGAGUUCUGAAAAAUACGUGUUUAGCUACAGGGGGUAAACACAAAAAAGAAAUUGCUAGCUGUAAUUCCCGAAAUCACCAGAGGAUAAAUACGCUAAGCAAAGUAGCUUGCUGCUCAGCAUGAAUUGUUGGCACUUAGCUCACUCAGUGGCAAUGUGCAAUUCAGAAAAAAUGUAGGCAAUGUUGAAUCAUAAGCUAAACUGUCCUGCAGCUCAGUAUACACACAUGAUUUUCUGUAGACUGUACAAGAUGAAAAAUAAAUGCUAACCCCCCCCCCCCCCCACACACACACACACACACACACACCUUUUUUAUUUUGCUGCCCUUUGUAACUGAAGAAAAUCCCUGGAUACAAAUAAUGCUAGAUUUUUUGAAAUAAAAUAACUAAAAAAAAAAAAAAUUAAUUA